CCCGGUGCCGCUGGCGUGGCUGGGGCCCGGUCCCGGCUUUAGGUGCCUUUUGCUUCCUCUCCUUUGAAGCGCGGCUUGAGAGGAAGAGGAGGGGUGCGGAGCCGCGGCUUUGCUGGGAGCCGGGAGGGAGCCUGUGCCCUUCUCCAUGGCGAGGCAGAAGGAGAGGAGGCUCCCGAGGAGGGAACCCGGGAGCUGACUCAGCGAAGCAGCCCGGCAUGUCUUCCCGGGAGCACGGCUUCCCUGCCGGAGCCUGCGGAGGGAGGUCUGAGAAGGGGGAGCGCUGCUUCAGUGAUGUUAUAGACUCUCCCACCCAAGGCUUUCCAUGUGCUCUCACUCCUGCUGUCCCCAACAAGACUGUGGACUUGUUUGAGAUGAUUGAAAAAAUGCAGGGAAGUCGUCUGGACGAGCAAAGAUGUUCCCUUCCAGCUCCUCUCAAGACAGAAGAGGAGUAUAUUCCUUACCCCAGCAUCCAUGAGGUAUUACAGAAAGGGUGGCCAUAUCCUCUCAUUAUCUUACCCCAGUUUGGGGGCUACUGGAUUGAAGGGACGAGUCACAACCUCUCCAGCUCGAGUCCAACUCUGUCUGAUGCACCCUUUCCCUGGAGUGGUAAAGUGAAACUGGAAAGUGACCCUACAGCCAAGCUGUACCGCAAACAUUUCCUGGGGAAGGAGCACCAGAACUUUUACUCCAGUGACAUGUCCUUGGGCUACCUGGUACUUUCUGUGAAGUAUGAGCAGAUUGAGAAGCAAGAAAAUCUACGCCUGUUGCUCAGGACUCGGACUGGCACCAAACAUGACCUGAUCCCCAUUUCCUGUCUGAAUGAGUUUCCUAAUGCCGUCCAGAUGGCAAAGCUAGUGUGUGAGGAUGUGAAUGUUGAACGCUUCUUUCCUGUGCUCUACCCCAAGGCUUCGCAGCUUAUUGUUGCGUUUGAUGAACAUGUCAUAAGCAAUAACUUCAAAUUUGGGGUCAUCUACCAGAAACCUGGACAGACGACAGAAGAAGAAGUCUUCAGUAACACAGAAGAGAGUUUGGGUUUCCUGGAGUUCCUGGAUUUCCUUGGUGACAAGAUUCAGCUGCAGGAUUUCCGUGGGUUCCGGGGAGGCCUGGAUGUUACCAGAGGUCAGACAGGCACUGAGUCAGUCUAUACAAACUUCCGGGGCAAGGAGAUCAUGUUUCAUGUAUCUACGAAGCUGCCCUUCACAGAGGGAGAUUCCCAGCAGCUUCAGCGGAAGCGUCACAUUGGGAAUGACAUUGUAGCCAUCAUCUUCCAGGAUGAAAGCACACCUUUUGUCCCUGAUAUGAUUGCUUCUAAUUUCCUACAUGCUUAUGUGGUAGUUCAGCUCACUCAUGGCACCACUGGGGACACUCUCUACAAGGUUUCAGUCACAGCCCGAGAUGAUGUCCCCUUCUUUGGACCCCCUCUGCCAAAUCCAGCCAUAUUCAGAAAGAGUGCAGAAUUCCGUGAGUUUCUCCUGGUCAAGCUCAUCAAUGCUGAGUACAGCUGCUAUCGAGCUGAGAAAUUUGCUAAAUUAGAGGAAAGAACCCGGAGUGCCCUCUUGGAGAGCCUUUUUGAGGAGCUACAGCUUCGCAGCCGCAGUAUGAUGGGAUUACCCGUAGGGGAGGAUGACAAGAUAGAGAAUGGCAGUGGGGGCUUCCUUGAGAAUUUCAAGCGGGUGAUCAGAGGCCGCAGCCAGAGCCUGGAUACCAUGGGAAUAUCCAUGAGAAAGCAGCAGCCAGCUACCCUGCCCAGCCGCCCAAUGCCAGCUGGCCUUGCCCUCAGCCAGAGUGUCGCCGAGGGCCCUAAGGCUGUUGCUGCGUCCUUUGCCUUGCCUGGUAGGAGCCCAUCACGUACUCGAGCCAGCCGCUUCCAUGGGCGACGGAGUAGUGCUAUUGGCAUUGAGAACAUACAGGAGGAAAAGAGCAGAGACACUGCAGAGAGGAUACAGAAGAUGCUGGACAGUCCAGGGACGUUCUUUGACCUGAAGUCUGAUGGAUCAUCCAGUCCCAGCUCCCCAGAGUUCCCCAACAGGAAGAACAAAAUGCUCAGGAGUCAGACUUCGGGAUACUGUGUGAUGCAGCCGUUGUCACGUUCUUCAUCCAGUGUAAGCAGUUGUUGUAGUGGUUUGAGAGAAAAUGAAACAUCUGAGGAAGAGGAGAAUGACAGGGAGCUGAUGUGCUCUCUUGAGGGCCCUCCAAAACAGGAUUCAGUGGUUCACAGCGUAUGGCUGGAUGACAGUGACUGCACACCCAGUACUUCCAGCUCACCAGGAAGCAGGUUGCUUCCUUCCAGCAGUGUUGCUGGCUCCACUGGAAAAGGAAGAGACAGCAAAGCAGAUGCUCAUCACCAUAAUCCAGCUUCCAUUUUGUGCUGCGUGUGAGGUCACCGCUGGAGAACAGUGUUGGUGCACACCGGGUGAGAAGCACAGGCAGGAUUUGCCCAAAGACUAAUGGGUGCACUGGUGGAAAGGAGGAAGAAGUUCUCAACUGAUAGGAUAUUUCCUCAAGAGCUGAAAGAGGUGCAAGAAGGAAAAAUUGUGGAUGGGGGAACACAUGAUACUACCACAACACUUACAGGUGUAGGAACAUGAAGGAUACAGGUUUCUUUUUUUCUGAUGCUUUGCUCCAGGCUUUGCUAUUUAAGUGAACAAAUAUGAAUGUGCUUUACUUAAAUUUCAGAAAGCAACAAAAAAUGGAAUUCCAGCUGCUUCUAGUUCUUCUGCUUCCUUCAGUGGUGUGUCAGAGACAGCCAGGAAUCACUGAGAAAUCAAUAUUUAAGUGUAUUAUUCCAAUUCAGCCAAUAUAGGGCCGGGUUCAAACUAUUUUAGUGUGAAAUUUCUUAAAUGCUAGUUGUUGCCUGUCUUUCUCUCUGCAGAAUACAUGAUGGGAAGCCAUAUAUAGCCAUAUCCAAACCACCUUUGCAUAGACAGCAAUUAGACCACCCUUGAGGAAGCAAAACAGAGUCUGGUUCAGUUACCAGUUAAAUUCACAUGGUAUUUACCACUGUCCUCCAAAGAUAUUACUGUAAAAAGAGCAUUAAUUUAAAACCCCUGCAGGGUCUGGGGUUAGUUCCCAAGAAAGCAUUUGUGUGAUGGUCUUCUCAAAUGUCAGUCACCACAGAGCAAGGGACAUAAAAUACCGUCCAGGAGGUGCACAGUUCCUUCUGAGAUACUUGACUGGUUCCCUAGAUUUUUCACUGGGCUUGAAUUGUCCCUCUGUCUUCCACUCUUCUCUCUUCUGCCCCCUUAAUUGCCAUGCUGCAGAGUAAAAGGCAAGUGUGAAUACCUCGUCCUGUGCUUCUCAUGUCUAUGUAGUACCUCAGACUUAAAAUAAAAGGAGAACGUGGCCAACUUCCCUUAA